GCAGACGGCCAGUAUAGCAACGGUCAAUUUGUACAGUCUACACAAUAUGGUACUAUCUACUCGUCAGGACAAAACAAUCCGUCAGCUGGAACGCAGUACGGAAGCAGUACCCUGAAUCCGAACACCCAAAAUCUACAGUACGACCAAUCAUCGAACAGUUUCAACAAUCAGCAGUCGUACAACGGCGCCCAGAACCCAUCUUAUGGGACACAAUACAACCCGAACGUGCCUUACGGUACACAGCAGAAUCAAGCCGGAUAUAGCACACAACAACAGCAGGCGAAUCAGAACCAGUACUCCAAUAACGGACAAGUGCAAAAUGAUCCCUAUAACCAGCAGUAUCAAUCUGGAUACAAUACGCAACAGCAAAUGGGUCAGAACCAGUACCCUUACAAUGGCCAAUCCCAGAUGUACCCAAAUGGUCAACAGCAGAAUACCUACGGUCAGCAGUAUGAUGCUGGAAAUGGUCAGACUCAGUACGGACAAACCAAUGGAAAUCAGCAGUACAAUAACGCACAGAACCAGAAUGCACUUUAUGGCAGCGUCGGCUCCUUGAACGGAAACACCCAAGUUCAGAUAACGGACUAUACCUUCACCAAUGGAAACUGUAAAUACGAGGUUUGUUAG